ACUCCACUCUCAGGUUUCUCUCUGGUGAUAACUAGAGGACCGCGGCGACAGCACCUGCGUAAAUAUUGCGCUGGUGUGCAUGUAUAUUUUAUUUGUAUACAUUUUUUAAUCGUGUCAGCCGCCGCAGCAUGACAUCCCUUUAAAAGUGACAGGGCUGAGCGUACGUGCGCGAGAAUCGAAGUCACGCUCGGAGGGGGAGAAGUUUUACACUCCGCGUGCGUUUUCAAGUAUCACGCGUACCCCCGAGUAUUAACACCAUGUCAGCGGUGUAUCCGGCUUUGCCCAAGCUGGCGGUGAGGGACAGCCUCGACGACGACGAUCUCACCGACAUCGACGACGAGGUGUUCAUCAGGGACGGGAGAAACGGCGGAUUGAAAUUGGACGAUGACGGCGGGGUGAAGCGGCCCCUUAUGGCGCCACGUAGAAAAUGCAAAAAGUCGUGCAGCUUCCAGAGCCACAAGGUCCCGUACAAGGCGUACCUCGUGCCGCUGUGCUACGGAAUUACAGCGCUGAUCGUAGUGUUAGGCUUAAUCGUACUUUGUAUAUUUACCGCAAACAUAUUCCCGAUGCCGUUAACUAUAUUGAAGAGCUGGCUGUCGCACGACCUGAAGGAGCCUGCAAACGAAUCCGAGAUAAUUCCGUGCACCUCGCUGUCGUCCAAGGUUUUAUGGAAGAGAUCGUUGCCAAAGUUCAUACCCGAGGCACCUCUUAGGAGUAACGACGUUGACUCCGACGGAAUUGAAGAUGUCAUUGUGGGAUUUAGCACAGGUCUGGAGGCGGUGGACACCAAGUACAUCUGCACCAUAUAUUUUGGGAAGCAGACGCCAUGUCUGGGCGGUGUACUGGCGCUGAACGGUAAAACGGGCGACACCAUCUGGACGCAUUGGACCGCCCAUUCGAUAUUUUCCGUCGACUGCGGCGCAGACUUGACAGACGACAAGAUUAAGGAUUGCGUCAUAUCUGGACGCGGUGGUAUACUGCAGGCUAUCAACGGCCGCGACGGUUCCACCGUAUGGGAGAUACCGCCUCAGGACUCGGCUCCGGAGCUGCAAAUAAUCUUGGACGUCUACGACGCCAGAUUUAUAGCCGAUAUGGACGGCGACGGUAUUGGCGACGUAAUAGCGUCGCACGUCGUCCAAACGGACAGCAUCCAAGCGAGCAACAUACUCGUGAUAUCCGGCAGAAGCGGCAAUGUCAUACGCAACAUUGAUCUACCGGACACGGAACAGCUGUUCGUGGCGCCGCAAAUUAUAGUGCAUCCUGACGGGGAAAAUAUAUUUGUUCUGGCCACAACCAGUCAGCAAAACGCCGGCGGGUUGUACAUAGUGUCCCAAGCUAAUAUAUUUUACGGCGAUCUGCAAUUACGAAAGCUCAAUCAUAACAUCGGCAAAAAUGCGCUGUUACCACCGAUCCUAAUUGACAUCACGUCGGAUGGAAUCGAAGAUAUUGUCGCCGCUACGUUCAAUUCCACGAUUAUGGCAUACAACGGGUCCACGUUUGAGCCCAUCUGGAAUUACACGGUCCCCAAUUCCGAAGUAAUUAGCAUUCCCAUCCCCGGUUAUUACAACGAUGACGAUGUACCGGACUUCAUGGUGAAGCACCAGAUAGGUACUGGUUUGUCCACGUACUACUACACCGUAGCUACAAUCGUGGAUGGCCGUAAUGGGCAGCCCUUGCUCGAGAAACCGAUGGAGGAUAGCUUGAGCGGGCAAAUGUCCGGUUUGUCGAUCACCGUCGACGGCUUCGGCAACGAUUGGUUUUUGCAUUGGUCCACCGAUUGUUUGAACUACGAGGGGGUCAAGGAUAAAUAUCAGUUCUUGAAGGACCAGAAUUUCAUGUCGCAAACGCGCGCCGACCUCUGCUUCCUGAGAUUCAAUUCGACGCUCGCCACGAGACUGCUGGCUCUGAGCCAACAUGUCGGCCCGCCCGGGCUGUCGUUGUACUUCUCGGAGGACUGGAAGUCGGUGGAAUUCAAUAAUUCAGUCGAUUCGCGAAAGGAAGAGGAGAAGUACUCGAACUCGUUGAAUUCGCGCUCAAGAAUCACGGACACUUACGCAAACAUACCGCUCGUGUCCGAGAGAUCUCCGGGAGUUCGUAAAAACCACCGGAAAGAUAGCGUCUUUAAGCACAAAGAUAACAUACUCGAGAUCGGCAAAUACGACUCGGAUGCGGUAUACGAGAACAUCGACGAAUUCAAGAGCCACAAGAAACACAAUCCCGAGGACACCAUAGAGAAUCUAGACGUAGAUCCAUCGUGGAAGCAGGACAGCAAGUGGGUGGAUGACGAUAUGCAGUCGGACAAAGAAUACGGCAGUAUGUACGAGAGUGAUAAUGGUAACAACGAAGACGGGCAGCAAAGUGUAGAUUAUUCCCAGGGUGAAGUACGGGAGCAGAGGAGCGUCACCGUAGACAAGGAUUCAUAUUCAGUGAAUAUUUCUCACAGAGAGUACAAGGAAACUGGCGAUUAUCCAACAUCUGAAUCGACGCAACGUAACUUGGAUCGUGAAGAUAUUAACACGGAAAAUAAUAGAGGAAUGAAGGAAAUGAAUGACAGGCAGAAUGAUUCGGUGAACACAGCUGAUACAAUGAAUACAUCAGGGACGCCGAUUUUCAAAUCUGAGGAAGAGUCGUCAACCAUGUCGAGCGAUAAAUCAAAUAUGGAAAGGACUACUGCUAUACAGGGUGCAUUUAAUACAAGCGAACUAGUAGAAAUAACGAGCGCGAAUACUAGUACGGAAAUGCUGCAAGACACACACACUGAAGCAUCAAGUGGCGUUAAAAAUCAAAUAAUCACCGGUCAUCAAGACGAAACUUCCACUACUAAGAAAGUCGUAGACACGACGCAGCGAAGACAGAUUUAUAAGCAUAGUUUUCCCAGCAUUGUUCAAGACGCGGACGAUGAUGCUAGCAUAGAAAAAGUAUUUAAACGAGAGUCGCUGAAAAAUCAAAGUAAAGGCAAGUUUAACAAAAAGCAACUACAAAUAUUGUCGUCGGUGAAUGAUAAAGAUUUUAAGACAAGGCAGAAACGAAGAACGAAACGAAGCUCUGCAGCUGACGACGGUCGGUCGAAUGGUAUCAAGGGCAUUCAGAAGCAGGCGCCAACCGGUAUUCUGUUGCCGUCCCUCACCGAGUCCAAGGGAAAGACCGCGAUAGAUUUAGUGUUUUCUACGUUCUGGCUACCGUCGUCCGAAGUGUCUCUGAUCUUGUCUCAAGCGGAUCAGUGCAUUCGUAAAAAGAAAGCGUUGCUGGAGAAUAAAUUUGAGUACAAGAAAGACGACGACAUCAUCGACGAAUGUUUAUCCGAGCGAGGCAUCAAUUACAGAUUGUAUCAAGAGUCGCGGGACAGGGAAAAUGCUAAACUCGCGCUUGGUCAAAUGACAAUAUACAGGAUGAAGCUGGAAUGCGUGUGUCCGGAGGAUAUGUUACCUAAUCAAACGUGCAGAAAUAUUUCGUCGCAUCAGAGCUGGCCGGAAUAUCUAGGCUCUUCUGGAAACGGCUAUUUUAAGCCAUUACGUAGAUUAAAUGUUUGAAGAAACUGCAAGGUCUCGUCGAAUUAUAUAAAUUAUUCAGGAAAUUUUCAGCUUUCUAAUGAAAUCGUUAACGAUUAACGGAAUUAAACAAUUGUCAAAUAGUCCCGCGCACUAUUUGUAAAAGUAUACAGUAACAAUCGUAAUUCUAAUCUAUUGUUACAUAAAAGUAAUUUAUAUUAAUAUUUAUAUGCCGUUUUCUUCGCGAAAUAAAAAAAGGUGCAAAUAAUAUGCGCAUUUGUACAUACAAAAGUAUUGUUGCUCUCGCAAUUUAAAUCUUUAGCGUUUAAUUUUGACGAGAAUUGCUAUAAUCACAUAUCUGUUAAUCACUUAUUGAUAAUUACGUGUUUUUUCCAGAGUGCAGGAGUAACUGUAUGUGCCAAAGGUCAUUUCGACGACUCUUUUCAUGUACACAAAUAUAUUGAAACUUAUGACUUACGAUUGCAUAGAAAUUGUUAAUAUAAUUAACGUUGAAAGUAUACGUUAUGUCAGUAAUAAUUUAACUGUAAACGACCCCGCUAUAUAUCUAUAUGAAUUGAAAUGUUAAUCAUAUAUACAUAUAUAUAAUAUGUUACUACAUAUUGAUAAUCAAAGUUUAUGUAUAAUUGUAUAGUCCGAUACCAACGUAUGUUAAUUGUAUCAGCAGAUACAAAUAAUCUAUAUAGCAAGACAAGAGAUGUAAUCCGGUGCUACCGAUUUUAUGCAUUCUUACGUGAAUUUCCUAUAACUUAAGGAAGAGAAAAUUUUUAAUUUAUUAUACAGGUUCGUGAAUAAUAUUGCAUUUCUGAAGAUUCGUCACUUCCGUUUGCAGAAUAACAUAUGUAAACAUUUAAUCACUGUUAAGUGUAACGAGUAUUCCAAGAGCAUGAAAUAUACAUUAUUGAACAUCUAA